GACGACGUGACCCCAGAUUAUGAUGACAUGGUCUGUGCUGUCGGCGGGUUCUCCGAGAUCUCGGCUUGAUGGUCAAUGGGACCACACCAAAGCCGGAAAUUUCGUUGCGGACAUCCCACAUAGUAGUUGCGCUAACCUUCUCCGCACGGAAAUGCCCAGAAUGCGGAUAGACUCUGGGGUCACCGGGGCGGCAGCAGUUCAUAGUAUGUCCGAGGUGGCGUCUUAUCUCCCCACUUUCAGCAUCCCGUCUCUUCAUCAUCCAAGCUGUUAGCCACUAAAACAAGCAUCUCGGUGGCCAACGCCCCGACGUAUAUUCCGUGGUGAGGUAUAAAUUAUCCGAAGCACCUGCCUUCACAGGCAUCGUUUAGGUUGAUCAAGGCGACGGCUUCCCCCCGUUGUUGUAAUCUUUGCAAGACUCAAGGACCGCGACCUUCACGAUGCCUCUUAAUCCCAAGACAUACCAGUUCUUGGUCGGUGUCUUCGCCUCCCUCGGAUCAUUCAACUAUGGUUACGAUCUCGGUGUCAUCGGUGGUAGCGUCGCAGCAGAAUCGUUCAAUGCAUCGUUCAGCCCCAACGAUGACCAGACCGGCGCUAUCGUGUCGCUGUUUACUGGCGGAGGCUUUAUCGGUGCGGCUAUCGCAGGCCCAUUUGCCGACAGGCUUGGGCGCAGGCUCACAAUCACCUUCGGUGCCAUAAUGUUCAUCGUUGGUGGCAUACUACAAGCCGUUGCGCAGAAUCUGUCAUUCCUGUAUUCUGGUCGCGCUAUCGCAGGCUUCGGCGUUGGUUUCUUGGUCAUGAUCGUCCCGUUAUAUCAGGCUGAAAUCUCGCACCCUUCAAUCCGUGGUCGGGUCACCGGUUUGCAGCAACUUAUGCUUGGUGUUGGCGCGGUCGUUGCGACAUGGCUAACCCACGGUACCAAUACCGACAUCUCCCCGACUGACAACAACCAAUGGAGAAUUCCGCUGGGCAUCCAAGUCAUUCCAGCAGGUGUUCUAGGUGCACUGAUAUUCCUCUUUCCUGAGUCGCCCCGCUGGCUCAUUGACCAUGGACGCGGAGAGGAAGGCCUCAAGACUCUCGCCCGGCUUCAUUCUAAUGGCAAUGUCGACGACCCGUGGGUACAGGAGGAGUUCCACCAGAUUCAGCAAACUAUUGAGCACGAGCACGAGCAAUCUGCAAAGGGCUACAAGGACUUGUUCACCGACCGAUCUAGCUUCCGUCGCCUCUUCCUUGUUACCGCCAUCCAAGCCUCUGUUCAGAUGACUGGUGUCUCUGCCAUCCAAUACUACACCCCGCAGAUCUACAAAGGCCUGAACAUCGGUACCAGCGACGCGCUCAAGUACCAAGGCAUAUCAAACGUGCUCUCUGUUGUAGCACAAGCCUGUACUGUUGCACUUAUCGAUCGCAUUGGUCGCCGCUGGCCGCUUAUAAUCGGCAACGUAGUCAAUGGCAUCUGCUGGAUUAUCGUUACAGCUGCUAUUGCCAAUUUCCCUACAGCAAGCGAGGAAUUGCAACACAGUCUUGGAUGGGUGUUCAUCACAAUCAAUUGGCUGUACCAGGUCUCCUUCAGUUUCACAUGCGGGCCUUUGUCUUGGAUCAUUCCCGCCGAGGUGUUCGACACCAAGACACGCUCAAAAGGUGUUUCUAUCGGCGUGAUGACAAGUUUCGCGUUCAACACACUCAUUGGACAGAUGACGCCUAUUGCUAUGGAGAGCGUCGGGUGGAAAUACUUUUUAACGUUUGUGAUUUGCAACUUCACUAAUGCUUUGUUCUUCUGGGCAACACUUCCGGAGACGGCUAAGAGGCCCCUCGAAGAGAUGAACGCCUUGUUUGAUGGAAACAAGUGGUUUGUUGCCUUCGGACGCGGAAGAGUGCCACUCAGCCACACUGGUGCCGCUCUUGUUGCCAAGAAUGCAGACGAUGAGGAGAAGGAAGCUUACACCACAACUGAGGUUUUGAGGUAGUUUACGAAGCUGGGACAUUACGACUGAAGUAGCCGGUCUGAGGUGACUUACAUCACACUCAAGGUCUUGACGUAAGGUGCGAAGAUUGAACAGAAAGUCUGAGCCAGCAUAGUAGAGGCAGCGCACCAAAUUGUAGGACCGUGUAGUCGAUGUUGUCAAGUGGCAUGUAAUCGUAGAAUAUGAUCAAAGGACUCUAGCAUGACCA